CUUUUUUUUUCCUUUUAUAAUUAAAUAAAAAAAAGAAAAACAUAAAACGGGGAGUGUUUAUACUAAAAAAGUGUUGUUUUGUUAAUAUUUCUUCAAUUUUUCCUUAAACAUUUUUCACUUAUCUCUUACAGUCUAUAAACAAACCGAAAACCAAUACAAAAUAGUACAUAAAAAAAAAUAAAUUGAAUGUAGUUUGUUAUUGAAGAUUAGAUACAUGUCGAAUACCGGAAGUGCAUUGCAUUUGGAGUGGACUGAUCUCUGAUGGUCUCAAUAAAUUUUUAUUUAGUGCAACACAAAUUGCAAUUUUCAUUUGACAAAAGUGAAUUGUUAAAUUUAUAUAAACAAUAAGUUUGAUAACUUUGCAUAGUUUUAUAUAAACUUAAAAAAAAUCUAUGCUAGAUUCGCAUUGCAUAUUUGUAAGAAGGAAGCACCACCGCUGAGGACCGUCAGGUUUUUUUUUUCUGGAAGUCAACAUAUUCGCCUAAAUUCAAGUUUAUAGCCCAUAACAAAAAAAAAUAAAGCAUCAUCAUGUCACUAAACGACAAAGUAUUCUUUCAAUUGUCAAUUAGUGUAAGCAAAGCUCUUAAUCCAAUGGAAACACCACUUAAACUCAAACACGCCAGAUCGGCUAUAAUAUCAACUCACCGAACCAAAGAGACAAAAUCAUUUUGGGCUGUUGUGACCAAACAACCAUUGAUGGAAAAUCGAUUUACAGCAUGGAAAUUUUGCCAUCUAGUACACAAAGUAUUGCGUGAAGGUCAUCCAAGUGCACUUAAACAUUCGCGCAGUCAUAAACAAAUGAUACACGAAAUGGGUAAACUUUGGGGUCAUUUGCAAGAUGGAGUUGGCAAUUGCAUACAAUCAUAUACUAAAUUGAUUGUAACCAAAUUGGAUUUUCACGAUAAAAAUCCAAAUUUUCCUGGAAGCUUAGUGAUUGAUUUUAAGGAUCUAGAAAGAGUAGCUGGAGAUGAUAUUAAUUUUUACUUUCAAUUAGGAGUUGAAAUUUUUGAUUAUCUUGAUGAUAUAAUUGCAUUACAAGCCAAAGUUUUCACAUCGAUCAACACAUAUAGAAUGUCUUCGAUGACCCCACAAGGUCAAUGUCGCCUAGCACCAUUAAUACCGCUCAUACAAGACUCCAAUCCUCUCUAUGAUCUAUCAGUUCGUCUUAUGUUUAAAUUACACGCUAACUUACCAAAUGAUAUUUUAACUGGACACCGUGAUCGUUUUCGAACAGUUUUCAAUCAAUUAAAAACAUUCUAUGAUGCCGUCCGUCCGUUGCAGUAUUUUGCUGAUUUAAUACAAGUUCCACAUUUGCCGACGCAUGCUCCAAAUUUCUCAUCGAGUGUAGAUUUUGGAAGUUAUGUACCACCAGUUGUGGUUGUUCCACCCGAACCAGAACCGGUUGUUGAUAAUCUUGUGGAUGUGAGUGUUGAUCAGAUGCAAAACAAUCGACAAGAUACACCAGAGACUCCACAACAAAUUGAUUUCGAACGAUUACUACAAGAUCGUGAGGAAUUUAUACGUGAGCUACAAUUUGAAAUUGAGAGAUUGAGAAACUGUGUGAAGACCAUGACAAUAACUCAACGUGAUGAAUUAAAUAAUUUGGAAGAACAAAUUUCUAGAUUGAAUUCAGAAUUAGCUAAUGCUAAUGAGGAGUUGGUAACUAUGAGAAUUUUAAAAGAUGAUCUUGAAUUGAAGCUCCAAACUGCACCGAUUUUAGAACAGAAAGCAACAGCAGAACAAGAAAGGGCUAAUAUAACAGAAGAAAAAUUCACCAAACUGAAAAAUAUGUACACGCAGAUUCGCGAAGAGCAUAUUAAUUUACUGAGGCAGCAUGCAGAAGCAUCCAAACAACUUAAUACAAUUAAAAAACAAAAUGUCGAACUUGUUGCUGAAAAAGAAUUAAUCAAAGUUCAAUUAGAUGAAUUUGCCGAAAAGCAAAUUGAACACGAACAAAUUCUAAACAAAACUACAGAAUUAGAAAAUCAAACAAAAGACCACAGUGUCAAGUAUGAGAAUUUAUGUGAAGAACAUGAAAAACUACAACGCCGAUUCGAUGAUCUACAAGUGGACAAAUCUGCUGAAAUAGCUGAACUCAAAGAAAAAUCUCAUUUGUUAGAAAUUCAAAUUGCCCAAGCUAAAUCUGAUGCUAAUGCUUCUUUGGAGACAAUUCAUCAUGAAUUGUCAUCGAGUAGAGAUCAAUGUGUCCAAUUAACUGAACAAUUGAAAUGUUCAAUUGAAGAAAAGAAUAAUAUAGAAAUGCAAUUGCAACAGGCAAAUAGUGAAUUUAAAACAAAGAAUGAAACAUUAAACAUUGAAAUUCAAAAUUUGACUUUAAUGAAAGACGAACUUCAGUUAUCACAUGCGACGUUAGAAGAGAAGACCAAGGAACUUGAAAAUGAUCUUAAACAAAAAAUUCAACAACUUGAAAAUUCAAUACAAGAGAAUAGUAUUAAAAAUGACGAAGAAAUGAAGGCCUCUAAACUGCACUUUGAAACAGAACUGGAAGAGAAAAAAGCUAAGGUUAUAGAAGUAGAAAAAGAAGUUUUACGGAAAAAUGAAGAUCUUAUGACAAUAAAAUCGAACUUGGAAAGAUUAUCCGAAGAAAAAACAUCCAUGGAAUGUGAUUUGCAAGAUUUACUCCAUCAGCAAGCAGAGCUUGAGAGUAAAUAUAAAAAAUCCCUAGAAACAAUUGCAUCACUACAAUCAUGUAUAUCAACUACAAAAAUUCAUGGUGAAAGCGCACUUCGUGCUCUCUUAGAAGCUUGCAUCAGAUCUUCUGAGAAAUUAGCAAUUCGUGCUUAUACAGAAAAAGAAUUUUCAAAUGUAGCUGGAACUUCUACUUAUUUCAUGAUGUUAGCAGAAGAAUUACAAAAUACAUUAAACGAACUUCAAAUUGUCUAUGAAAAGUAUGCAGGUGAUAAUUCAGCAGUUGAAGGAUUUUCGAGAAAAAUUGUCCUAACUGGACAUUUAUUAUCUAUCAUUCAAAUACAAGGAAUGACUGUUUGUAAUACAUCGGCAGAUAUUGAAGCUGGUGAAGAAAUCUGCAAAAAACUUAAAACAUUAGAUACAGAUAUUAAUGCAAUGUUCCAAACACUUCUUCAACUAUCAGAACCUUCCGUGGUUCUACCAAAAAUAGUUGCUCUAAAAGAAAAACUUACAAGUAUAACAGGAAUGAUCCAUGAUUUAAGUACCAAAUCCGAUGCUACCGGUCAGUUGGGUGAUUUAGUUGAAUCUGAAUUAGCUACAAUGGAUAAAGCAAUUGAGGAAGCAGCUUCGAAAAUAGUCGAACUUUUAUCCAGUUCACGAGCAUCAGAUUCUGGUAUCAAAUUAGAAGUCAAUGAACGUAUUUUAGAUGCAUGUACGAAUCUAAUGCAAAGUAUUCGACUUUUAGUUCAGAGAGCAAAAUCAUUACAAGCUGAAAUUGUUGUACUUGGCAAAGGAACUGCAUCAGCCAAAGAAUUUUACAAACGAAACAAUCAAUGGAGUGAAGGUCUAAUAUCGGCAUCAAAAAGUGUAGCAACUGGUGCUAAUCUAUUGGUUGAAGCUGCCAAUAAAGCUGUAUCAGGAGAAGCUAAACAUCAUUUAGAUAUAAUUGUAGCUGCUCAAGAAAUAGCAGCUUGUACAGCUCAAUUGGUUGUUGCGAGUCGUGUUAAAGCACCACGAAAUAGCCAAAAAUUAACAGAUCUCUCAAAUGCAUCACGUAAUGUUACCCAAGCUACGGGUACUGUUGUUGCUACAGCCAAAGACUGUAGUCAACAUUUAGAAGAUUCAAAAGAUUUUGAUUUAAGUAAAUUGACAGUACAUCAAGCAAAAACAUUUGAAAUGGAAAUUCAAGUUAAAGUAUUAGAGCUCGAGCAGGCUUUACAAACUGAACGACUUAGAUUAGCUGCAUUCCGUAGGAAAAAUUAUAGAAAUGAUUGUGAUUAAUUUUUUUUACUAUUAUUGUAUUCAGUAUACGUAAAAAUAUACAUCGUUGUUUGUUUUUAAGCAUUUAUUUAAAAAAAAAAAAUCAUUUCAUGUCUUAGAAAAAAAAAA